AUGGCGUUGGGCGGUGGAGGCAACAUCAAGGUCGUCGUGAGAGUACGGCCUUUCAACAGCAGAGAAAUUGAUCGCAAGGCACAAUGUAUUGUGCAGAUGAAAGGCGAGCAAACCGUGCUCUCUCCACCAACCAACAUCGACCCUCGCAGCAAGAACGCAAAGGCCGCCAUCGAGGGUUCCAAGACCUUCGCUUUCGACAAGAGUUACUGGUCCUUCAACAAGAAAGACGCCAGCUAUGCCGACCAGGACAACCUCUUUGACGACCUCGGAAAGCCCUUGCUGGACAAUGCCUUCGGCGGUUACAACAACUGUAUUUUCGCAUACGGUCAGACUGGUUCCGGAAAGUCCUACUCCAUGAUGGGUUACGGCCCAGAAGAGGGUGUCAUCCCCAAGAUUUGCAGAGCCAUGUUUGAGCGCAUUGAAGAGGCUCAGAAGGACAACAACCUCACCUGCACUGUCGAGGUCUCUUACCUCGAAAUCUACAACGAGCGUGUUAGAGACUUGUUGAAUCCCUCGACAAAGGGCAAUCUCAAGGUUCGCGAACAUCCAUCGACUGGUCCCUAUGUCGAAGACCUCGCCAAACUCGUCGUUCGAUCCUUCGCCGAAAUAGAACAUCUCAUGGAUGAGGGUAACAAGGCCCGUACCGUCGCAGCAACCAACAUGAACGAGACCAGUAGUAGAUCGCAUGCUGUCUUCACCCUAACUUUGAGUCAGAAACGCCAUGAUGCAGACACUGGAAUGGACACGGAAAAGGCUGCCAAAAUCUCGCUGGUCGAUUUGGCUGGUUCUGAAAGAGCCCAGUCUACAGGUGCAACUGGUGCACGUCUAAAGGAGGGUGCGGAAAUUAAUCGCUCUCUGUCAACGCUUGGUCGUGUCAUUGCUGCUUUGGCCGACCUUUCAAGUGCCAAACCUGGCGCCAAGAAGAAGAAUGCUUCCAUGGUGCCUUAUCGUGACUCUGUCCUUACAUGGCUUCUCAAAGAUUCUUUAGGUGGUAACAGUAUGACGGCUAUGAUUGCUGCUAUCUCACCUGCCGACAUCAACUUCGAGGAAACCCUAUCAACGCUACGUUAUGCAGACUCUGCCAAACGCAUCAAGAACCACGCUGUCGUGAACGAAGAUGCCAAUGCACGCAUGAUCAGAGAGUUGAAGGAAGAAUUGGCACAGCUUCGCUCGAAACUCACGACAGGUGGAGGAGCGGGCGAGGCCGGCGCCAUUGCUAGUGAACAAUAUCCGCCAGAUACACCUUUGGAGAAGCAGAUGGUUUCCAUCACACAAGCUGAUGGUACGGUCAAACAGGUAUCAAAGGCUGAAAUCGUGGAGCAAUUGGACCAAUCCGAGAAACUGUAUCAAGACCUGAACCAGACUUGGGAACAGAAGUUACAGAAAACGGAGCUGAUUCAUAAAGAGCGAGAAGCCGCUUUGGAAGAACUCGGCAUCAGCAUCGAGAAAGGCUUUGUUGGUUUAUCAACACCGAAGAAGAUGCCUCAUCUGGUCAACUUGAGUGAUGAUCCGCUGCUCGCGGAGUGCCUGGUCUACAACCUGAAACCUGGCACAACGACGGUCGGCAAUGUCGAAACAGCAAAGACCGCAGAAAUCAGACUGAACGGGUCCAAGAUCCUGCACGAGCACUGCACAUUUGAGAACGAAGACGAUGUCGUUACUGUAGUUCCUAGAGACAAUGCAGCCGUCAUGGUCAACGGUCAGCGCGUCGAGCAGCCUAAGAGACUGCGUAGUGGUUACCGUAUCAUUCUGGGUGACUUCCAUAUCUUCCGUUUCAACCAUCCUCAAGAAGCAAGAGCAGAACGAGCCGAAGAGGGAAGUCGAUUGAAGCAUUCAAUCACAGCAGACGAAAUCGGCGAUCCUUCGUCGCCAUCACCAUCUGUCAGCCAUGGCCACGAGCGCUCAUGGAGUAACGUUAGCAGACUGAAUCCAGACUAUGAUCUGGACUCGAGAGCCAACUCACCAAUGCCUAUGCGCAGUCUAAGUGGCCGUGAGAACGACUACGAUCUUGCUCGAAGAGAGGCCGUGUCAUCGAUGCUCGGGUCAGACCAGAAGAUCUCCGCCCUCACAGACGACGAGUUGGAUAAUCUGUUUGACGAUCUACAGAAAGUAAGAGCUGUCAGAAGAGGCAGACCAGAAAGCCGACUGUUCGACUUGAAUGAAGACGACUCUGAUUCGGUCAGCUCGUUCCCUGUCCGAGAGAAGUAUCUGUCGAACGGGACACUCGAGAACUUUUCUUUGGACACUGCUCUCACAAUGCCAUCGACUCCACGAGACGACGACGAGGAUGAAACAUUACGCGCAGCAAAGGAGGGAUUGCAAACGGAGCUUGAGCGACAAAAAGAAGAAUAUCGAGCGCAGAUCCAGUCUGCUCAAGAGAUGAAUGUCGAGGUAGAAACGAUACGUGCUGAAAAGAUCAAGAUGGAAGAGAAUCUUAAGGCCGUGAAAGAGGACAUGGAAAAACGACUCCAAGCACAGAAGGACGAAUAUGAUCGUCAACUAAAAGAGCUUCGAGAGACUACUGCGCAGCCUGUGGAUCGUAAGACUGGUCUCACAGAGAAACAGCUUCAUCUUGUCAAGUCGUGUACCCAACACUGGCGCCAGCAACGAUACGUCGCCAUGGCUGCUGCUCUCCUCCAGAAUGCAGCAAUUCUGAAAGAAGCACAAGUGAUGAGCCAGCAGAUGGACAAGAACGUUGUCUUCCAAUUCACCGUUGCGGAUGCAGGACAUACGUAUGGAUCGUCAUACGAUCUGGUCUUGAGCGAUAUCAGUGCAGAUGACGAUAUGGCCCUGCACACAUCACGCAAACCAUGUACAGCCGUCAGAGUCAUCGACUUCAAGCACAAUGUCGUCCAUCUAUGGUCUUUACAAAAGCUACGCGCUCGUGUGCGCCUGAUGCGCCAGGUGUUCCAAUAUAUGGAUAGGCCGGAGUACAUCAAGCAUUUCCGCCUGGAUAACCCUUUCUCGGAGUCGUGCCUACCGCAGUAUACUCGAAUCGGAGACGCUGACAUCUCUUUGGCUGCUGUGUUCGAAUGCCGAGUGCAAGAUUUCACCCUCGACGUUUACUCACCAUAUACUAACACGAUGGUUGGCAUUGUCCGACUUUCUCUCGAGCCUUCCUCAGCAGAGGCCCCCUCGUCCACGCUCAAGUUUAAUGUGGUUAUGCAUGACUUCGUGGGAUUCUCCGAGCAGGAAGGAACCGAGGUUCACGCGCAGCUCUUCUUUCCAGGCAUUUCCGAGGAAGAUGGCGCAUCUACCACGCAGAUGGUGUCUGACUUCGACGAAGGACCUGUGCGAUUUGAUAGCGUGCACAGCAUGAGCUUGCCACUUGCAAGUCCGCGUGACUCGUGUCUACGAGUAUCUGUGUUCGCUAGAGUCUCGGGUACGCACUUAGACAAGCUAUUGAGCUGGGACGACAUGCGGGACUCAGCAGCCAGGCCCUCGUUGAAGCGCAACAAUUCUCGUAUAGCGGAGCACGAAUAUUACACCGAAGAAGGACAUGAUGUGUUUGCCCGAAUCCAAGUACUCGAGAUCGGGGAAGAUGGAUCUUACAAGCCUGUCGAGGUUCUGCAGAAGAACAUCAUGGACACGGGCACUUACCAGCUCCAUCAAGGUCUUCAACGUCGUAUCACACUUGAUCUAACGCACACUUCGGGCAAUAUUUUACCACUCCAGGAGGUCACAUCGCUACGAGUCGGCAACGUCCAUCUAAUAGAUCCGUCUGGCAAGGUUCCCGAUCUGAGCUCGCAACAGAACGAUGUGGUUCUCACACCUGUGACACCUCCAAUCGUCCGCACUAAUCCCGAUGGCACAACCAACAUUCGCAUCACUACACACUGGGACUCUAGCUCUCACGAAUCCCUGCUGCUAGAUAGGCCGACAGCAGAAGGAUACUGUGUCAAGCUGUCAUUCGCAUGGGUCAUGGCUUCGCCCAAGCUGGCAGAGCCGAUAGAGUUCGUGACAGACCUCGCAGUACAAAUGAGAGGACGGUCUUUCAUGCGUCAAACUUCGCUGUUCUCGUCACUUUUCAGUUCUUCACGCAUUGUUCGCUCAACGAGUGGAACAUUCUCCGUCACUGUAAAGCCAAUACCCUCUAAGAGGGCUGGUGAUCUGUGGCGACUGAGCACUUCAAGCACAUAUGUCAAGGGUGAAGAGAUGCUCCAAGGCUGGUCACCUCGUGGUGUAUCAUUGAUUCACGACUUCAUUGACGGUCGAUCGAGCAAGCGCAAAAUGGCCGAGAUAGAUGCUGCCAGAGGUAUACUAAGCUCACAUAGCUUGUCGCUGGAUACGAUGCCUUCACCUGCGCCCGACAAGGCAUCGAUUGAACGGCAGGAUCAGCUUCUGCGGAAGAUACUCACACUCUGGAAAACCGAUCCUGCUAUCGGCAAACGAAUCCUCACAGAGGAAAAUACAGAUUCACCUCGUAAGGGUGUGGCUUUCGCCUCUUCUGCCAACGGAGCAGGCAUACCUUUGUCACUAGCCACUGUCCACUUUAUACCUAAGAACCCAUCUCUGCUCAAGGCUGGGUACCUACUCACACCUGACCCUGCCGCUCGAGAGCCCUCACGCUGGGUGCGACGCUAUGUCGAGCUCCGUCAACCAUACAUGCACAUUCACUCUGCGACUGCAACCGAGCACGAAGAGAUUGGCGCCAUCAAUCUCAAUUCUUCGCGUGUCGAUGCGGCGCCACAAAUCGCGAAAUUGCUUAGACGAGAAGGUGGCGCGCCGACGGCAGUGGGCAGGCAUGGUGUCCCUGCUGUCGCGGCGCCUGAAAACGUGUUUGCGGUAUAUGGCAAUACCAAGGCUUGGGUGUUUGCAGCAAGAACGGAAAGAGACAAGGGUGAAUGGAUUUUCGCGAUUGACAGAAGCUAUAUCGGCACGGAGGAAUUCGAAGACGACGAGGAUGAAGAUGACGGAUAUUGA